CUCAAUCAGCUUUACAUCAUUAUCCCCAUUAUACAGGUGGGAAACUGAGGGACAGGGAGGGGGAGUGACUUGCCCAAGGUCACCCAACAGACCAGUGGCAGAGCUAGGGAUAGUCCCAGUCCAGGGGUCUCUCCACUAGGCCAUGCAGUUGCCCUGUGAUUCCUCAGGGCCCCUCCCCUCUCCUGUACGUUGUGUUACAGUGUGGUGGGGGCAGGCUGAGCAGUGCACUGGAGCUGCCAUGGCUGGGGUAGAUACUGAAGAGCUUCCCAAGAUACCUGAAGAGGAUAUGGAAGCAAUGAACGCUGCUGUUGGGAAAGGAGACCUCACCGAAGCAGCUGCUAAAGCGAAAGAGGCUCUGGAGAGCAUUGAUAAAAUCCCUCUCAACAUCGCUGUCACGGGGGAGUCGGGCUCUGGAAAAUCGUCCUUUGUCAACGCCAUCCGGGGCCUGCGGGAUACAGAUAAAGGUGCUGCUGAGAUGGGGGUGAAUGAAAGGACAAUGAAGACCACUCCUUACCCACAUCCUACAUACCCAAAUGUAAUAGUCCGGGAUCUGCCAGGGAUCGGGACCCCAACAUUUAAACCAGACACGUACCUCAAGCAGGUGCAGUUCAGCCGCUACGACUUUUUCACCAUCAUCUCCUGCACCCGCUUCACAUCCCACGAUAUUGGACUCGCUCAGGAGCUCCAGAGACUGGGGAAGAAGUUUUACUUUGUGCGCUCCAAGGUGGACCAGGAUUUGACAAAUGAAAAACGAAACUAUGACGAGGGGGGAAAACUGAAGCAGAGCAAUGCUGCCAUGAAAAGGCCACUUCAGUACAGUGAGAGUUCGAUCCUCGAUGCCAUCAGAGAGAACUGCAUCAAAGGCCUGAAAGCAGGACAGGUGACUUCCCCACAGGUUUUUCUUGUAUCUAGAUGGGACUUCAGCAAGUACGAUUUUCCCAAAUUGCAGGGAGUGCUAUUGGAUGAGCUGCCCAGUCUCAAGAGACUCGCUCUUCUACGAUCCCUGUCCAAUGUUUCUAAAGAAAUCCUAGAGAAGAAAAAACAACAGCUGCAAACGCAGAUAUGGCUGAAAAGUCUGGCGUCAUGUGCAGUCGCUGCUCUUCCUAUACCGGGUCUCUCCACUGUUUGCAAUAUCGCCAUGCUGAUGAUGUCACUGAAAGGGUUCUGCAGGGACCUGGGCCUCAAUGAAGAGUCUCUCGCUACACUUGCCAGACAGGCUAACAAGCCCAUUGCAGAGCUGAAGGCCGUUAUAAAGUCCCCACUGAGUGAGGAAAUAACAGAAGAUCUUGUAAUUAAGCUACUGACCAAGUGCGCAGCUGGGGCAGUGAAAUUUUCUACAUAUGUGUUUGAAUUUGUACCUGUGGUAGGUUCUGUGGUAUCUGCAGCAGUUUCUCUCCCUACCACAUACUUCAUGUUGAAGAAUUUCCUGGAUGCUGCUGCUGAUGAUGCUGUACGAGUUCUGGAGGUGGUUAUGGAGGGAGACGUUUCAAACUCAGAGAAACAGCAUGAAAACUGCAGCACCCCCUGAAAGGAAGAAACGUGGCUGAAAGAAUCAAAGUAAAGACCCUGUCCUAGCUGGAGCUUGGAGCUCAAAGCUGUGGGAAGUCUCAUCAAAAUGCCAACAGGGGUCCUAGGCUCUCCUUUGAGAUAAUAAUACAUUAAAAAGUGCUUAGACUGAUCAUUGUAAUUCUGUAAUGCUCAUAG